AUGGCUACAUUCCCAUCCGAUCAGGAGAAGUCUUACAAAGCUCCUACACAAACGUCCAUUCAUCCUGCUAAGACCUUCGGUCACGGUUACAAUGACCAAAACGGUACCACCAUUGGUGCACCUGAUUAUGGGGAAUCUCAUCAAGGCAUCGAGAAGAGUGAAUCAUCGCUUCAUCGUGGUUUGAAACCACGUCACGUCUCGCUCAUUGCGAUUGGGGGAGUUAUCGGAACAGGUCUGUUCAUCGGAACCGGAACGGCUUUGUCCAAUGGAGGUCCAUUAGGAUUGUGGCUCGGUUUUUCGUUCGUGGGAAUCUUGGUAUUCUUCAUGAUGCUUGGUCUCGGAGAAAUGUCCGCGUAUUUGCCUAUCACUGGUGGUCAACUUACAUUCGCAGGUCGAUUCUUUGAUCCGGCACUUGGGUUUGCCAUGACCUGGAGCACUACACUUCAUUGGGCUCUCACUUGUGCAUCCGAAUUGUCUGCCGUAGCAGUACUUGUCAACUACUGGCUGGAACCGAGUAGAGUUAACAACGCGGUUUGGAUUACUAUCGGCUAUGUUGUAGUCGUCGCCCUCAAUCUGACCACUUCAGGGGUGUACGGAGAGACCGAGUUCAUCUUCAGCUCCAUCAAGGUAUUGACCAUCAUCGGUUUGAUCAUCCUCGGUAUCGCUAUAGAUUGCGGAGCUGGACCGACCGGUCACUACCUUGGAUUCCACUACUGGCAUGAUCCUGGGGCACUCGCUCAAUACGAAGAUAUAGGUGGAAGUACCGGAAGAUUUCUUGGGUUCUGGGCUGUUAUGACUCAAGCCGCCUUCUCAUACGGCGGUGUAGAGUUUUUCGGUAUUACUGCGGCCGAAAGCUCCAACCCUCGUUUCUCGAUUCCCCGAGCUAUGAAACAAAUCUAUUUCCGAAUUGGUGUCUUCUACAUUUUAGGUACAUUUAUACUUGGGCUUAUUGUGCCUUACAACAACUCCCGUCUCGGUACGGCUAGUAACGCUGCUGCCUCACCAUGGGUCAUCGCUAUCCAGCUUUCGGGCAUCAAGGCUUUACCCCAUAUCAUCAAUGCUUGUUUAAUCACAUCCGCGUGGUCAGCUGGAAAUGCCGAUCUUUAUGUCUCUUCUCGAAGUCUUUACAACAUGGCUCAUAAGGGGUUGGUUCCAAGAAUAUUCCUAAGGACUCAUCGAUAUGGAACACCCUGGGUCGCUGUUCUUACAAUGGCUACAAUCCCACUAUUGGCAUACAUGACCGUUAGCAAUGGAGCCGCGCAAGUGUUCGGAUGGUUCGUGAACUUGGUCGCGGUCAUGGGUCUUGUCGAAUGGAUGGGUAUCUGUAUCGCCUAUAUUGGCUUCCGGAGGGCGAUGAAAGCUCAAGACUUUGAUCGAACAACACUCCCUUAUCGUCACCCCCUGGCUCUCUUUGGUGCUUGGUUUGCGCUGUUCUCGUUUGCAAUCAUCAUUCUCUUUUCUGGAUGGACCGUCUUCCGAGACACCAAAAACUUCGAUCGAGCCACUUUCAUUACUAAUUACUUGCCCGCUGUCUUUUUCCCUGCUCUAUAUUUCGGAUAUAAACUCUAUGCCAAGACUAGCAUCAUCCACCCUUUGGAAGUUGAUUUGAUCAGCGACGUCGCUGAAAUCGAGGCAACUAUGGUGGAGCGUCCACCAGCUCAUGGUUUCAAAGGCAGGCUCCAAGCUGCGCUGUUCUAG